UCCAAAAAGAAAUGAGUCAUAAGACUUAAAAAAAAUAACAAUUUCAAAGACUAAUGCAAUUUUUUCAAUCUUUACUGUACAUGGAUAGCAAUAAAUACAAAACUUACAAAUUUGGUUCACCAAUUGAUAUGUAGUUCCUGACCUGCACAAUAUUUUCGAACUUGGUCCACCCUGAAUGUGCGAGUUGGUAUUACUGUUAUUGUUGUUGUAUCGCGUAGCCAUAAACAUAAAGCAAAAGCAAAAUUAGCGGCAGUUCGACUUCUUCCACAUCUUCCAGCAAUGCAACAGCGAAAAAUAGGAGGGAAGUUGAGCAGAAGCUGCAAAUAAAGCGGCAGCAGCGGCAGCGACAACAACAAGAAAACAAUAACAGUUCCCGGCGAAACUUCCGCUGAGCGAGAAAGAGCAAACGAAAGCGCAGCAGUCUGCCUCUUUGACUCGCUCACACUUGGGAAAGAAGCAUAAAAAGAGCUUUUAUUGCAACUACAACUUUUGCAAGAACUUUUCCAAAAGAGAAUGAAUGAGAGAAAGAGCGGGAUAGCGAAAGUCGGAUCUAAUUUAAAAGCUUUGCAAGAACAAGAACGAAACUCCAAUGCAGUUUCAUUUCUUUCAGUUUAAUCAUUAAACAAAGAACCGCGCAACCGAUCACUCGCUGCUCGUCGUCUCUCUUUUCCACGAUAAUUGCUGCAAUCAUUGGCUGCGUCACUUUGGAGUCAGCGAUAAACUUGUGGAUCAACUCGGUGGAAUCCAAAAGCUGCGCAUCUGCUUGAAACAUUUUAGCCAACGCAAAGAGAUGGCCAAAACUCGCAUCAAGAUGACGCCGUUGCGCAAGUCCUCGUCCUCUAAGGGAUUACUACUAAACAGUAAUGGAGGUACUGUCAUCACAGGAGGCGGUGUUGGGGGAGGAGGAGUAACUGGUAGCACUGCUGUUAAGUCGGCGGUGGCCAACACCACCAUUGAAAUUCUAGAGAGCCCCACAAGACAUGCAGAGAAGACCUACCAGGCCAAGAAGACCAUUACGAGCAACAUGACCGUGCCACAUCGUUCGCACUCCAUUAGCUCCUCGGCCUCCAGCGAUGUGCAGUCCAUAAACUCUGACUACGAGGUCUCGUUACCCCUAUCAGCCUUGGAGGAUUCCCAGAAUGGACUAAAUCGCUUGGAGAAUAGUCCUAGCAAGAAGAGGAAACUUUAUUUGAUCACUGAAAAGUCUGACGAGACCAAUAGCCAUACACCGGAGACCAAUGGACUGCCCAAGAAGCGCAAGAUGUUCGUGGUUGUGGAGCAGAAUAAAGAAACGGCGGCUGGUAAUAAACUGAUGAUUAUGACCGACAAGCCGCAAGCCAAUCUUACCCAGCAUUUGAAGACACUAUUACCGGAGAUACUACAUCAUAUACAGGACAAGGAGCAGAAGCAGAUCAAGCCAACUCCAGUGGUGGUAAAAGCUAAGCCAGUGGUCAAUAAUCCUAGACCACAUAUAACAUUGCCGCCCAAGAAGAAUCCCACAAACUUUGUGAAGAUCACGCCCACUCCAAGUCCAGUGCCUUCGCCGCAGAUGCCGAAUGCAAUUCUUAACACGAAGAUAGCAAAACCCGAUCAUUUUGAGGAGAAAAUAAAUUCAGAGGAUAUGGAGACGAACAUAAACCUAUCGCCCGACUUCCGCUUUCUAAUGAAAAUCCUUCCCAAAUUGGAGCAGCUGCCCGAGCCACACAAGCAGAACGUCAAGCGUUCUAUUCAAAUCUUCGUUGAUAAGAGCUAUAGUAUCUACGGAAAUAAGGAUUAGUUACCAGUAUUUUUAACAGCAUUUUAAUUUCAAUUUCAUGUGAAAAAGUUCCCAUUAUUUUCGAAAGAAUCGUACAUAUGAAAGAAGGCAUUUCAUAACGUUGUCCAAGACUGAAGCAGAACCAAUUUAAUAUUUAAGCCAAUAAGCACAGCUGUUAGUUAUGUAAGCCAAUUUAAAAUUUUAUAUUACCCCCCAUGGAGUUGGGUACAAAAUUUUGAAAGAUUUAAGCCAUAAAACGAAUUACCAAGAUUAAAUUCCUUUCUAUAUUGAAUAUAUUAAGGCUUGAUUUAAGCUUAACAAUGGA